ACACUAUAAAUAUGGGAUUGUAUUUUUCUGCUGCUUUUGCUCUGCAUACAUCUCAGUUGAAUGAAUUUGUGUAGCUUUUUGGCCAACAAGCCGCCUCUUCUUUUGCAGUAGACUUUCUCUCAUCCUUCUUCUUCUUCUUCUUCUUCUUCUUCUUCUUCUUUAUAAGCACUGGCUUUGAUUCCACAUGGAGAACUAUCAAAUGUUCUUUCCUAUCUCCUCGUCAGCAGCAUCAGCUUACCCUUUUCCAACAAACAUGGCACCUAGUUCACAAGUUUUUAACAAUUUCCAUGGCAACAGCUCGAAUGGGUUCUUGGGUUUGAAGACAGAGAGCUUCAUCCAGAAACCAGAAGUUAAAGAACUUGUCCAGAAUGGGAGUUUUGUUGGUUCUGAAACUGAGGUAAAAUUAGGUAAAAAGAAGGAAAAGAAGAUUAGGAAGCCUAGAUAUGCUUUUCAAACAAGGAGUCAGGUUGAUAUACUUGAUGAUGGAUAUCGAUGGAGGAAAUAUGGCCAAAAAGCUGUUAAGAACAACAAAUUUCCUAGGAGCUACUACCGAUGCACACAUCAAGGAUGCAAUGUAAAGAAGCAAGUUCAACGUCUAACCAAAGAUGAAAGUGUUGUGGUGACCACAUACGAAGGGAUGCACACUCAUCCCAUAGAGAAGUCAACAGACAAUUUUGAACAUAUCUUGAGUCAGAUGCAAAUCUACACACCCUUUUGAAAGAAUCCCAUCAUCAUGCAUAUAUAGCUAGAUGAAAAAAAUGUUGUAUGCCUUUGUCCUGGCUUUACUCCUUUCCUUAUGAAAUAAAAGUUGUAACUUUAGGAAUGUUAAUUUGUUCUUUGGUUUUUCGUUUUUUCUUUUCUUAUACUUAAGCUAGGAAAUCAAAAGGGGAGGUAAAUUCAAACUCAAAACCUUAUUUUUGAAGGAAAUGGUCGGACAUUUAGACAAAUGUGUAUUUGAAAUGUUAAAGAAUAGUUAAUCAUUGUCCUUUCAGGCAAUGUAAUUUAUUUAUCUUUUUCCA